GGCGCAUGUUCGCCAACACUUGAAGGGUCGACGGCUUUCUGCUGCGACACUGAUCCUUUCAUUAGUUGUAUUAUGUAUAUAAAGUAACAGAUUCCACAGCACUAAAAAUCCUAAAAUCACUAACAGUACAAGUGCUACUGCUUAAUCAAACAUCAAGGGCAAUAAACAUCCGUCGCUGUGCCAAGGACUUGUUUGGAGGUUGUGGUCGAGGAAUGAAGUCUGUUGCCAGCUGAUCGUCAAGUGGACUUAAUUCAUGUUCUGAACUGAUAUUUUUCACACAAAACCCAAUAGCAUAGCCAGGGCGAAAGGAGCUGUUCUGUUCUUCAAGUACGCGCAAUGGGGGAGCAGCCCAUCUUCACCACCAGGGCCCAUGUGUUCCAGAUCGACCCGACCACCAAGAAGAACUGGGUUCCUGCCAGCAAGCAGGCGGUCACCGUUUCCUACUUCUACGACAGCACGCGAAACAGCUACCGCAUCAUCAGCGUGGAUGGCUCCAAGGUGAUCAUCAACAGCACCAUCACCCCCAACAUGACCUUCACCAAGACCUCCCAGAAGUUUGGCCAGUGGGCCGACAGCAGGGCCAACACAGUCUUCGGCCUUGGCUUCGGCUCAGAGCAGCAGCUUGCGAAGUUUGCUGAGAAGUUCCAAGAGGUGAAGGAUGCGGCGAAACUGGCCAGAGACAAAUCUCAGGAGAAAAUGGAGACAUCAAGCAAUCACUCCCAGGAGUCGGGGCGUGUGACCCCCUCCAACCCCUCCACCCCCCAGGCCUCCAGCAUCAACGGGACCGACGAUGAGAAGAUCUCCCACGUGGGCCCCGAGGCUGCCUUGCUCAUGAGCGAGAACGACCGCCUCAAGACCGCCGUGGAACAGAGCAACACCAACGCCAAGAAGUGGGAGACGGAGCUCCAGACGCUGCAGGAGAGCAACGCGCGGCUGGAGGACGCGCUGACUGAGUCCUCGGCCAACGUGGAGAGCUGGAAGAAGCAGCUUAGCGUCUGCAAGGAGGAGAGCGACGCUCUGCGGGACAAGAUCAUUGAGCUGGAAGCCCAGUGCAAGGAGGUCAGCCUGGAGCAGGAGAGGAACGCUCAGCUGACCGCCAAGGUGCAGGAGCUGGAGGCGGAGCUACAAGACAAGGAACAGGAGCUGCAGAACCUGCGGAAGCAGGCGGAGAUCAUCCCUCAGCUCAUGGCCGAGUGUGAGAGCAUCACCGAUAAGCUACGGACUGCCGAGACGAAGAACGUGGAGCUGGACGGCCGGAUAGGAGGCCUGCAGGCCGAUGCGGAUGAGAAUCGGCAGAAGCAGGGCGACAUGCAGGGCGAGCUCAAGAAGUUCAUGGACAUCCUGGACGGGAAGAUUGACGAGCUGCACGAGUUCCGCCAGGGCCUAUCCAAGCUGGGGGUGGGCAACUAGAGGUCAAGGGUCAAAGCAUUCUACUAACCCUAACCUCGAGGUCAUCCUCCCUCUUUCCCUCACCAAAUGGUGUGGUCCAAUCUCAACAAUUAGGUUUUCCAAAAAUAAUCGAAAUGAACAAAAUAAUUGCAGAAAGUGUGGUUAAAAUGUGUGGAGGGAGAGGGCUUGGCUGACUUAGGAGGAUGGAGUCGUGUUCUUUGUGUUGAGCUUAACGUAGGGACCUUCCCCGCUGCUGUGUUCUGGGGAGGGGGGGCUGGGUGCUGGAGGACAGGGUGGGUGGCGGGUGCGGGCCCUUGGACUCUCGUCUCUGUGAUUCCGUUUGUUUGUUCCAGCCCCAGGAUGGUUUGUACCAGGUACCAGGUCAACAAAGCCAGGCUUGCUUUAUGAACAAAAGGGCUAACUGACAUCCCCCCCUGAUGGACCCUGACCCCCCUGAGGGGAGAACCCGGCCGAGCCCCCGCCCCCCGUCUAUCUCAGGUGUUUGAAGAGUUUGUAUUUAGGUUAGGAUACACACACACACACACACACACACACACACACACACACACACACACACACACACACACACACACACACACACACACACACACACACACACACGAUUGAAGGUCACGAAUCAAGUGCCUCCGGGCGGCGCCAUCCCACCCUCCCACCGUCUCACCCCCUCAUCUCCCUCAACCUCCCACCCCCCACUCUGGCCGAGGGAUAACAUCAUGACAAUGACAUCAUAGUGACAUCACUACCAAGCAGAUGUUUUUUGUGGAGGAAAAUCAUGUUCAUCACAAAGAAAGAUUUUUUUUUCAACCUAACUUUCAUUGUAGGGUAAAGGGAGAAGGUGCCAGAACAUUUAUUUACCAAUGCCUCUUUGACAUUGAAGUCAGAAUCAAACGCUGGCUCAGACGUCUUAUACACACAAGACAGCAAUAGGAUUCCAAAGGUUUGCUGCCAUCCUUGAAGACACGUUUAUUUGCAUUAAGAGGGAAAUUUGACUUAUUUUUCCAGAGUUCUUCAUCCAAAAAAUACUAGUAUACUGUAUGAACCCCUUUUGCCUUCAGUGAAGUGAUCAAAAUACCUUUUUUGUGUUUUGCAAUGUUUGACGAUAUUUGUGCUUCCCAUACAAGCUUUCUUUGGGUGGUGCUGGGAAUCUGUGCUGCUACAGGGAUAAUAAUGUGAACAGGAACUUCAUAGCAAGGAUAGAGAGGGCUGGGGCCUUCGAUCUAAAAUUCUGGAUUAUGUUUUUCUUCCUCGUUUGAUUUACAACUUUAUUUAUUGGUGCCUAUUAAGAAGUCGUUUUUCUAGAAUCAACCCUGAACUCGAACACUACCUUAACCCAAAAUGUAUUUCUGUGCAAAUACAAUGUAUAAUAUAUGUAUUCAUACCAGAUCUAUGGCUUCUGAACUUCUUUAUUUUUUUGAUAAUAGAAUAACUUAAUUGCAGGACGGUGUCUGAGUAUAAAGAAGGGAAAUAUACCGCGAGUGUAAUCUGUUUGGAUCCCGUUUAAAUCUCUUGCUGAUUGGUUGGCAGAAGCCAGAACACUUCUCGUGAUCAUCUCCUUUCCCAUCUCCUGCCCUCCUUUCGUGAGCCAAGUUCAACAUUGUACCACAGAAAUGACAAUUGUUUAAAAUUUAGUUUAAUUAUUA